CGUCGAAAGGUAUUUGUUGUACAUAAGGAAAUACCAACCAUGUUCUCCGAGCUAGUUGACUCUCAUCUCGACUCUACUGAGUCAGUCAGUUUUCGCCGGACUUUCUACGUAGGACCCUUGGAUUUUAGAGUUUCUGGACUCUCAAUACUCUUGCAGCACUCAAUUCGAAGUUCUUCGUGAUAAGGGAUCCAUCUUUCGUCUUCCAGUCAAAUUGCUCGUCCUGUCACCAGUCCUCUCGUUCUUUGUGGGUUCUUUUCGCACCUCCUUUCCUCGGCGACAGGACAGCAGCUCAGUCAAGAUGAGAUUCCACACAAGUGCAUUGGCAGUGCUAGUCGCUUUGACAACUUUCACGUAUGCGGCUCCAGAUCAGCCUUCCGCGUUGGAAAUGGCGCAGGCGUCCUACCCAAAGUGUACACUUGGAUGCCUGGCGAAACUUAUUCCACAGUCACCUUGCACUUUAACGGACGUGGAGUGUCUCUGUACUAACGUUCCACUUAACUCCAAUUUGACGGUUUGCGUCUUGGAAUCAUGCACUACCUACGAAGGCUUGAUGACUAAAAAUGUUUCCUCCAAGAUGUGUGGAGCUCCGGUACGAAAUCAGACGCUGAAGCCUCUUCUUGUUGGAGUCAUCGGCGGCGGGCUAGCUUUGCUGGUGUUCAUCUUGAGGAUGUGUGCUGGACUACCUGUUGGCGGUCGUCCUUUGGGAUGGGACGACUACACAAUUUGUAUUGCCGUUGCCCUUGGAACACCCCCGACUGUCUUCUCCGUGCUUUUAUCAAAGAACGGCCUCGGAAAAGAUAUGUGGACUCUCCCGUUACCAAACAUCGAAAAUGUUCUCUUUUAUUAUUAUCUAGGCGAGAUCUUCUAUUUUGCUUCUCUCACUGCUACCAAGAUCUCAAUUCUUGCCUUUUUCCUACGUGUCUUUCCACAGCAGCAAUUCCGCAAGAUCAUUUACGGCGUGAUCGGAAUUUGUGUCGCCUAUGGACUUUCUUUUGUCUUGGCCACGACCUUUCAAUGCCACCCUGUUCCCUAUUCCUGGAAGCAACUGGACAGCACUUACCAGGGAUCCUGCAACAACAUCCACCUUCAAGGAUGGAUGAGUGCAAUCUUCAACAUCAUCAUCGAUCUCAUCAUCCUCAUACUUCCACUCAAGGAACUCUACGCUCUCCAAACCAACUUGAAGAAGAAGCUCAUGGUUAUGGUCAUGUUCUCGCUCGGUAUCUUUGUCACCUUUGUCAGUGUUGUUCGACUCCACUCUUUGAUUGUCUUUGCCAACUCCCAAAACAUUACUUGGGACUAUAACGACGCUGCUUGGUGGAGUACCGUCGAGAUCCAUGUCGGUAUUAUCUGCGCCUGUCUGCCUUCAGUCCGAGCACUCUUCGUUUCUCUCGGCGCCUCCUCGCUCGGCACUACCAGGGCUGCCUCCAGAGCAACAGGCUAUGGCGCAUCCAACAAUUCUGGCUUGGGAAGCAGUUCGCAUGGUGGCAGCAAGAAUGGCACAUUGAUCAAGGAGAAGCCGAUUGCUGUACCCAAGCAUGGCGAUGAGGAGGAUUUCAUCCCACUAGUCGAUCUUGGAAACAGCAAAGACUGACUCGGACCGCUGCCUUGGACUCUGGACAUGCAAGAAGACGAGAUCCACAACAUCCGUGUACACGAUGGGUAGACAAAGAGACCCGACGCCGCCGCGGAAUGACAGAGCAGCUCUACAAAACUACUUUCUAAAGUCUUUCCAGAAGCUCGACGUCAAAUUGUACUCUCAGCAUCGCACCGGUGGUCAAGGUGUGAAUCGCAAGUACGCCGUCUCUGUGGCUAUCCCAAACUUUGAUACACUCGAGAAGAUUGUCGCCGCAUCACGCCUAACGGUUCGCUGGAGCUCAAGAGAAGGUUGAAAAGAUUGACCAGAUGACGUAUGAUCAGUCUUUCUACUGGUAUAAGCAUAGUGCUAAAUCAGCUGUUGGAAAGCUGUUUGCGCGCCAGGCAUCGUGGUAUGUUUAAUUUAUUGUGAUAUCCAAUGUCCCAACUGCAUCAUCUCCCUUCAUAUUGGGAUCAAUGUCUGGGUGUAUGUAGUGAUCUCAACCCAUUUUCCGC